AAGAGGGCGAUCUCUCGUGGUCCGGGUUUCCGAUCUGCUGCGGCGGGACCCUGCAGCGAGCGGCGACACCAGCGACGGAGAACCGACGAAGGGUGUUGCCAUGGUGAUGGCGGUGGAGGACAGCAUGUUGCGGGUCGUGGUGCGUCUGCGGCCCCCGACUCCGAAGGAGCUGGAGAGUCAGCGGCGGCCUGUGGUUCAAGUGGUAGACGAGCGUGUGCUGGUGUUCGACCCUGAGGAGCCCGAUGGGGGCUUUCUUGGCCUGAAAUGGGGCAGCGCCCAAGAUGGCCCCAGGAAGAAGGGCAAAGACCUGACGUUUGUCUUUGACCGGGUCUUCGGUGAGACGGCCACCCAACAGGAUGUGUUCCAGCACACCACCCACAGCAUCCUGGACAGCUUCCUCCAGGGCUACAACUGCUCAGUGUUUGCCUAUGGGGCCACCGGGGCCGGGAAGACACACACCAUGCUGGGAAGAGAGGGGGACCCUGGCAUCAUGUACCUGACCACCAUGGAGCUGUACAGAAGACUUGAGGCCUGCCGGGAGGAGAAGAGAUUCGAGGUGCUCAUCAGCUACCUGGAGGUGUACAAUGAGCAGAUCCACGACCUCCUGGAGCCCAGGGGGCCCCUUGCCAUCCGUGAGGACCCCGACAAAGGGGUGGUGGUACAAGGACUUUCCUUCCACCAGCCAACCUCGGCUGAGCAGCUGUUGGGCAUGCUGACCCGGGGGAACCGUAACCGCACACAGCACCCCACUGAUGCCAACGCUACAUCCUCUCGCUCCCAUGCCAUCUUCCAGAUAUUCGUGAAGCAGCAGGACCGGAUCCCAGGUCUGACCCAGGCCCUUCGAGUGGCCAAGAUGAGCCUCAUCGACCUGGCAGGCUCGGAGCGGGCAUCCAGCACCCAUGCCAAGGGGGAGCGGCUACGGGAGGGAGCCAACAUCAACCGCUCGCUGCUGGCCCUCAUCAAUGUCCUCAAUGCCCUGGCGGACGCAAAGGGCCGAAAGUCUCACGUGCCGUACCGGGACAGCAAGCUGACCCGCCUCCUCAAGGACUCCAUCGGGGGCAACUGCCGAACGGUGAUGAUUGCUGCCAUCAGCCCCUCCAGCCUGACCUACGAGGACACCUACAACACCCUCAAGUAUGCCGACCGGGCCAAGGAGAUCAAACUCUCGCUGAAGAGCAACGUGAUCAGCCUGGACUGUCACAUCAGCCAGUAUGCCACAGUCUGCCAGCAGCUCCAGGCUGAGGUGGCCGCCCUGAGGGAGAAGCUCCGGGUGUAUGAGGCAGGAGCCCAGGCCCCACCGCACGGCCCGCCACGGUCCCCCGAGCCAGGCGCUCCGCACCAGCCCCUCCCCAGCUGCCCCUCACCAUCCCACCUCCCCAGCCAGCCCCGCACCCCAGAGCUCCAGCCAGGGUCAGCAGUCCUUCAAGAGGAGAGCCUGGGGUCAGAGGCCCCAGGGGAGAAAGUCGUGGACGGGAACUCCUCAAAUAGGGAGCAGCCCCCAGAAGACAAGGAUGAAGGCCCGGCCAAGGAGGUGCCGGAACAGAACCUCAGACACCCUUCGCCCAGGUCCCCUGACCUGACCAUGCAGCCCAAGCCAGUUGUGGACCCCCUCCCACCACCAAACCUGGACAGGGACCGUUCUAAACAGUUGGCCCUGAGGGUGCUGCGCCUGGCCCAGCGCCAGUAUUCCCUGCUCCAAGCAGCCAACCUCCUGACCCCCGACAUGAUCGCAGAAUUUGAGACGCUACAGCAGCUGUUGCGAGAGGAAAACACUGAGCCUGGAGGGGAGGCUUCUGGGGAGCCUGGCCCAGCCAGGAAGGCACCUCUGGCUCGAGAGCUGCGUUCAGAGUCAAAGUCUGCAGGAUACUCGGGCCCUGUGACUCGGACCAUGGCAAGGCAACUGAGUGCCCUCGCGCACACUCUGGGGGUCCCCCGUGGGCCAGACUGCACUCCACCCCAGGCAUCUCGGGAGGCCACAGAGAAGAAGAGGAGGAGACCGAGCCCCUCGGAGCCAGACAGCCCCCCAGCCCCAAAACUGGGGACCAAGCGCCAGCGCCAGUCCCUCCUACCCUGCCUGAGGAGGGGGACCCUGCCUGAGGCUCGGCUUCCAUGUGGGCCCAGCACCCCCACGGGGAAGAGGGCCCCCUCUCCCUGCCCAUCCCCUCGCUUCUGCCCAGCUACCGUCAUCAAAAGCCGGGUGCCCCUGGGCCCUUCUGCUCUGCAGAACUGCUCCACUCCUCUGCCCCUGCCCUCUCGGGACCUCAACGCCACCUUUGACCUCUCAGAGGAGCCCCUUGCAAAGCUGGGCCUCCACGAAUGCGUUGGCUGGGACAGUGUGUCCCAGGAGCUGAACAGGCUGGAUCAGCCCUUCAUCCCCAGCGGCCCCAUGCCCCUGUUCACCAUGAAGGGCCCCAAGCCAGCAUCUUCCUUCCCUGGGACCUCAGCCCGCAAGAAGAGGCGUGCUGUGAGUUCCUCCGUCUUCCGCUCACUGGGAGUUGCCCAGGGCCGCAGCCGCAUCGCCCGCCUUCCCAGCACAAUCCUGAAGAGGCCAGCUGGGCCCCUGGCAAUCCCAGAGACCCCCUCCAGUCCCCACUACCCUGGAAACCAGAAAAGCCAGGAAGAACUGAUGGGGGUUAAGGGGGCGCUGUCAGCUGGGAGCUGCUCCAUCAAGGUGUCCUGACCACCUGGCCCCUCUUGGUCCCUGGAGCCGCCUGCAUCAGGAGCCCUGACCUGCCUUCCUGACUCAGAGCAAUUAAGGCCAACACCGUCUUCCUUUAUUAACAGUCCUCCCCCAGCUGUUCGUUCUGCUACUCACCCUCUUUAUUAAUCUCUUGUUACACUCAGCUUCUCAGUGUGUAUAUAUUCAUUUGUGAGUGUUAACGUGUUGCUAUUUGAAAGGGUGCUGCCAUCAUUCCCCCCUAGUUUAUAAUGCCCUCCAGGCAGGAAGCUAGCUAUGGGGGGCUUUGUUUCCUACCCUCCUUCCCCCACCCCCCACCCCCCCAUCUAACACAGGGCUCUGUGCAGUGGAGGAGGGGUGAGCAUAGGAAGAGGAGCAGAUGGGGGAGAGUCCCAGCUUGGCUCUUCUUCCUGGCUUUUAGAGAAAGGCCUCUUCAGCCCCAUCCCCCCAGCCUGAAGCAAGAGCCCAGCCCCCUGCAGCAGUCCUAACGAUCAUGCUGAUAAUGGUGCCUUGAUUUCCAAAUGAAAAGAGUUAAUCAUUUUUACCCUAUUGUAAACAGGAUACAUACUCAGUGUAAGAAGAAGUGUAAACCUUAAUGCUACCCCUUUGAUGUAAGAGCUAUUAAUACUUGGGUUUAUAUCCUCUGAUCCUUUAUUUCUGUAUAUAUACACCCACAUAUAUAUAGGUGGAUAUAUAUUUUUUUAUUAUAAUGAUCAAUAAACCAUCUCCAUCUUU